UGUCCUGGCCCCGCUCCGGUACUGCUGUGAUUUCCGGCCCUACUUCACCAUCCACGACAGCGAGUUCAAGGAGUACACGACCCGCACCCAGGCCCCGCCAAACAUCGUGGUGGGCGUCACAAACCCUUUCUUCAUCAAAACCCUGCAGCACUGGCCGCACAUCCUGCGGGUGGGGGAGCUCAGGAUGUCAGGCGACCUGCCCAAGCAGGUGAAGGUGAAGAAACUGGCCAAGCUCAAAACCCUGGACACAAAACCAGGAAUCUAUACUUCUUAUAAAACAUUCCUUCACAAAGACAAAUCCCUGAUAAAGAGAUUGCUAAAGGUAAGCACUUCCCACUCCCUCCUGCAUCCUGGAUGGGAAAACUGUGCCACCAGCUUG